CAUGUAAUCAGGGUGAGAUAAGAAAAGGCAACGGAUAGUGACAGACAUACAAAUCUUUUGAACAGCGUGAAGAUGAAUUCCCUCAUUCUGGUCUUUUUUCUGGGAGGGUUAUGGGAGACUGAAUCUAUGUCCGUAACAGGAGAUGUGGGGAGUGAUGUCAAAAUAAAAUGCUCUCACUCCAACGCAUUUUCCAAUGUCAAAUAUUUCUGCAAGGGAACGUGUGAAAAUGAAGACAUCCUGAUAAGUAGCAGAACAAAUAACAAUUUAAACCAAAAAUACAGUAUUGAAGAUGAAGGAAACACAUUCUACGUGACCAUCUCUCUUCUUACAGAAGAUGACUCAGGAAUGUACUGGUGUGGAAUAGAGAGAAUCGGUUUGGACACAUACAAUCAAGUUUUCCUUACAGUCAUAAAGGGAAACACAAAUGACCCUCAAUCAAAUGCUGUGUCCUUUAAGAAGCUUUUGUGCAUUGGAGCAGGUCUCGGGGUGGUUGUGCUGGCUCUGGCGAUUGCCCUUCUAACAUUUUUCAGACAUCGCAACAGAGACAUCAACGCACAUUCUGGAAAGGACCAUGACAUAGUAUAUGCAACACCAUCCAGUCAGAAACAAGAUGUAAACCACGUCACUACUUCCUCUUCAAAAGCCAAUGAGGAUCAAGAAACAGACGGCAGGGCUAACAGCACCUUCUGCUCAUCGAGCGUUCAGCACCAAGACACCAGCAGCUAUCACUCAGAUAAUAUUUACUCCAAUGUCAUUGUUUCAUCAGAGUCUCAGAUCCAACCAGAAAGUCUCUCCUACUCCACUGUUAGCUUCAUAAAACACACAGAUUCCAGCACUGUCACACCUGUGCUUACAUACUCCGCUAUUCAACACAAAGCAACAGAGGAAUCAACAGUCUAUUCCAAUGUAUGACCUCAGUGCUGAUCACCUUCACUGUUAUGUGCAGUAUCUUCCUCUGCUGUAUUAUUAGAAUAUAUUCUGAUUUAUGCUAAACAGCAAAUGCCCACCACUCACACAUUUCUGUAAAACUAAAUCCACAGGUAGUUGUGAAUUGAUAAUUUAAAUAAUUCUUUUCAAUUAUAUUUAUUUUUUAACAUUUAGAUAUUAUAAGAAAUAUUUAGAUAACUCCUCUAAAACUAAUAUUAAUCGUGUUCAGUAGAUUUUAAAUUUUAACCUGAUAAAACAAAGUAGUCAAUAUAAACAUUUUCUUUACCGUGUGUUUUUGUAUUUUCAUGAGUCUGUUUGUGGUUGAUGAGAGUUGGUGAUGUUGGGAACCAAGCAGUGUGGUUAAACACUAUGUUUAAUAUACAUAGAGAUCUCAGAGCAUGUGACCUCUGAGACAAAGGAAACCACAUGGCUCAUGUGAGGCCUGAGCGCCCUUUCAAACAAAGAGAAUGAGGCCUCCAGGUCAACUCUAAAGACUAAAAGUCACACCUCCACGAGAAAAAUGGCCAGAGAUAAAUAAAACUACAGAAGUUGUAGUUCACACCUAUGUUAACUGCGAGAACACUGAUUUCCUAUUGGCCGUGGCCGGGGUUUUCCGUGAAUCACAAGUGAGAUGGAUCCGUUUUGUUUACUGUGGAGCAUCUAUGGGACCAAACAAAUGGGAACACACACACAGUAAGGAGGCUUAAGUUUCUGGGCAGAGAAAUAUAGGUGUGUGUUACUAAUGUCAGUAACUGCUGUUGCUGCAACUUGUUACUACAUUGAAUGUGUUAUUAAUUAGUAAGUGCUACUGUUGCAAAUGUCUGAUCACGGGACUUGUUGAUAUUUUGAGUUUGAUACUGUAGUUAAUAUUGAAACUGUAAUGCUACACUGCUAUCUCCCUCCGCGGAGAAGUUAGUUACUGUACAAGCGAGAUAAUAAACCUUCCGUUCGUCACUCAAACCCCAGCACUACCCUGUGUAGACAAAAGGAUUGGUUAUUGUUGCCGCAAGAAGUCAGUUGCUG